AUGUCUACUGAUGGUAAGAGGGGUGGGGAGUUCACUAGAGCUGAACAGCGGCAGCAGCAGGGCAGCGGCGACUGGCGGCUGCGGGCUACCAGCAAGGCUGUGCACUCAGAGGCGGAUCUACGUCGCUGGCUUUCUUCACAAACGCACGCACAGUUCCUCGCCUUCGUGGGGCGCCUGGCGCGGCAUGCAGCGGGCAAGAAGACCCUCCCCAGCUUGUUAAGCAUAGACAGAAUCAGAAGCGGCCAGGGGGGGGCAGCAACAGAAGCAGGAGGAUGCGCAGCAGCAACAGCAAGUGCUGCUGUUUCUGCUGCAGCUGGAGAUGCUGAUCAGGCCUCUGCACAGUCUGGCGCGCGCUCGCGGCUAGCUGCGUUUCUUCCCUUUCAUCAGCUGCCAGCGAACAAGGCCUGCUGGGCGCUGCUUGCUGUGCUGCAGCAGCUGCUGCAGUGGGUAGAGGAAAUUCCCCCAGUUGAACAGCCAACGCGGUUCGGCAACCAGGCCUUCAAGACCUGGUGCAACCGCCUGGAGGAGAGGGCAGAGGAUUUGUUGUCGGGUGUAUGGACAGCCUGCGACGACGUGGAGAUCACCGAAACUGAAAAAAAAGAAAUGGCGGACAUUUUUUGUUCUUCUUUUGGAAACCCAGUCCGCCUGGAUUUCGGAACGGGCCACGAAUGCUCAUUUGCAAUUUUCUUGUUUUGUUUAUUUAAAAAAAAUAUACUGAAGGAAGAUGAACACGAUCCCUUCGCGGUCUUGGGCAUAUUUAAAGGGUCAGCGGGCCUCUUUAGCAGUGACGGUGUAGUGUGGGUAGGAGUGCAGUACUAA